AUGACCGCUCUAUUUUCCGAGACAUUACCAGACCACGAAAAUAAAUCCGCUGGAAUCGCUGAAAUUGAAAGCUUGCAGAGUGUGCAUAAAGAAAUCGCAAAGCGACUGGACUAUUACGAAGCAGUUGCAAAAAAGGCGCGAGAGGCAGAACACCUUUCCAAUGUGAAGCUUCGCCGACAAGGCGAGCUUCUGCAAGAUGCUCUAAAAUCGGCGGAUGCGGCGCUAACGCAGAAUACUGAUCUCAGGCUUAGGCUUGAUAGCCUUGAAAUUAUGCUAAAGGAUUUGAGUGACGAGGAAGUGAAUAAGACAACAAAUCGAUUAUACGACGAUCUUGAAGAUUGGAUUAAACGACACUAUGGAGCUUUGCAGCCAGUCUACCCAGAAGUAGAACCAGACGCGGACUUGGAUCAACCACAGGAGUUUUGGUUUAGCAUAUAUGGGUUUUUAUCACAGCAGAUUUUCCAUAUCAUCCUAAGUCGCUUUAUGGUUGGCACGGGCAGUCCGGGAAUGAACCAUGCGCUUCGCAUGCUUGAUGAGAAGGUACAAAAAAUAUACCCCAGAAAUAUCGGCCAAUAUUGGCGUGCUGGUACAAGUAGUGCAGCCCUGAUGCUUGCAAGGCCUGAGCUGGAAGCCACAAUCGGCCAAAUUGUUGAAUCUACUGAGGCACGAUAUUUGCAUCGUGCGAUGCCCGGAACGCUUUCAACUCGGAGUGGGGAACUAAAAGAUCUGUUGUGGAAAUUUGUGAACUGGAAAGGACGAUUGGAACGUCAAAGUGUCCAAUUCUACUUCUGGUGGGUUAUGCCCAGAUUGCCACUUCGAACCGAAUACAUGUUCAAUCUCACUGGGGAUGACUUUCCAAAUGCUACUGUCAAUCGCAGUUUAUCGCCAGCCCUUUACAGGCUGACACCGGGUGAUUCUGAGCCCACACUUGUACGCCGGGCAGUAGUACAAGUUACCGAUGGUUCCUCGAUCACUUCCAACAUGGUGUGA